CAAUGACUUAUCCAUAUUUAACAGUCGUUGCACACCUUACAUGUGUUAAUCAUGGGUUCCAAAACAUAACCAUGGAUUUAAAAUAAAAUAAUUAAACUAUGAUACUAUAAUUUUUUAACUGUACAGCAUAUGAUAUGGCAUAAUCAUUAUGUAUAUUAAAAAGUUAAACAGAAUACUUCUGUCAUCUUUUAAAGGAAAGAUACAUAACAAGAUUGAUACCGAUAUCCGAAGAUCACAUACAUUACCUCAGAAAGGUCCAUGGAAAGUAUUAUUUUUUGGCACAGAUGAGUUUGCAGUUGAAAGUUUAAAAACGUUACAUAAAAUAUAUGAAACAAAAGUUUUGCAACGAUUGGAGGUUGUUACUGUUGCUAAUGCAAAAGAAAAUGCUGUAACUAAAUAUGCAAAAGAGAACAGAAUCACUUUGAAUAAAUGGCCAACUGAAGAAAGCAUUUCUGAUUUUCAUAUUGGAGUAGUUGUUUCAUUUGGUCAUUUGAUUCCAUCUAAAAUUAUAAAUUCAUUUCCAUUAGGUAUGUUAAAUGUACAUGGUAGUUUAUUACCACGAUGGAGAGGAGCAGCACCAUUACCUUAUACGCUAAUGAAUGGAGAAUUACAAACAGGAAUUACAAUAAUGAAGAUAAUGCCAAAAAAAUUUGAUACAGGGCCAAUAGUACUACAAAGGCAAGUAAAUAUUAGCGAAGAUGAAACCUUGCCAGAAUUAACUUCCAAACUAGCCAAAAUUGGUGCAAAUCUUCUAGGAGAAACAUUUGAUAAUUUACCAGAAUUAAUACAGUCUGCAAAACCUCAAGAUGAAAAAUAUGUAACAUAUGCGCCCAAAAUAACACCAAAAAUAUCUAUAAUCAACUGGAACGAAAUGUCUGCAAAACGUAUUUACGAUUUACACCGUGCCCUUUUAGGAUUAUAUCCUUUAACUGCAUUCUUUCAGGAUUUGAAAAUAAGAUUAUUAGAUGUUAAGAAAAUAGAAGCUACCUCACUUGGUACACUGAUCACUAAACUCGAAGGAGAAAUGCCAGGAACUGUAGUGUAUGAUAAGAAAAAAGAUGCAUUAAUUGUAAAAUGCAAAGAUGAAAGUUUUAUUGCUGUAAAAAAGAUUCUUUCUUUUAUUGAAUUAUGUUAGCUUCAAUAUAUAUUCCUAGUGACAAUUUUUAGAUCAAAGGUAAAAGUUAUCCAUAAAUAAGUUUUAGUCUAAUUUGUUGCUUUGGCUGCUUCAAAAUUAUACGAAGUGUAGAUGUAUUUUCCAUCUUUUAUGAAGAAUUGUUCCCAUUUUCUUAUAAAAGUGAGAUUUAAAAGUUUUUUUUUUUUUUAUUUUUUUUUUUCGUAUUAAUAACUAAUUGCCAUUCAGUAUUUCGUAAAUGGAACGUUGUAUUCGAUUAUUUAAUAAAUAAAGAUGGCACAGCUUUUACUGAAAAUAAUUAGUUAACGUUAGCAACUAGUUAUUAAUAAGACUGUUUGUUCUAUAUAUUUAAAAUCAUUGAACAAAAUUUGAUUUACACGUAUUUAACAUUAAAGUACUUUAUAUUUUGUCACAUAUUCUAAUUCUCAUAUAAAUUAAUACUUGGUAUCUUUAUUACUUUUUUUUUACUUUGACUAAAUAAAAAGUACCUUAACAAUAAAUUUUGGGUCCAGAUUGCAAUAAACGUUGAAAAUGAAAAUUGAUUAACUUACACUAGGAUCGCAGUCUGCACAAUGCCAAGAAUAGCCUCUUCUUUUGGGAGAUUUUUUAACUGGUGGAUCAAGACAGGUGAAGUGGUAGCAUUUUUUACAUUCGUCACACCUAAAAUAAAAAAAUUUUUUAAAACAUACAUUUAGAUUAUGCGUGGCAUAUUAAUAACAUAUUCGUAUCAACUAACAUGACAAGAUUUUGACUGGUACCAGGCAUAUCACAGACAUUACAAUGCGUUAAAAGAUCUGUAUCUUUUCCUUUUUUUCCAUUUCCUGUAGAUGUUCUACUAUUUGUACUAUUAGUAGAUACAUUUGCUGUUGCGGAUGCGGUAUUAGAAACUAAAGGUGGGGCAAGUGGAGGUGGCAAUUUUGGGGGUGGUGGUGGCGAUGUAAUUUCAGUGCUAGUAGACGUGGCGAUAAACAUUUGUGGGCUUGAUUCAGACGCUACGUCCCCUUCCGGUCUUGGAAUUGGUUUUAUCUGUGACAUAGAAAUUCUAAGUUUAAAUCAUAAAAAUCUUCAGAUAUAUACUAAUUAUUUAUAGAUAGUUGUAUACCUUUAUUGUAAUUCUUCUGUGGAUUUCUGGCUGACUUUGACCUUCUGGAUUUUCCACAUCGAGACUUUUCCUCUUAUGCUUUCGUUUUCUUUGCUUUACUCCCGUGAUUGGGUCAGGAGUAUAUCUUUUAUGCUUCUCUCUAAUGAAACAAUAUCAAAUUCUAUAUUCCAUAUAUUUAUUUAAUAAAACACCUUACAAACCUUCUUCUUUUCUUUGCACUCCUCUGUGAAACAGACUCUGUACCAUCCGCCGAAGCUACCAUAUAUUCAGGUGAACCUUCCCGUGUCGGUAUUGCUACAUUAUUAACAGAUUGCUGAUUGUACACUAAAUCAUUUGAAUGAAUGGAUGCUGAAGAUGGAGGUUGUGGCCCAACUGGUUUUAUAGUCACCUAUACAGAAGAUAGUUUGUUAAAAAUAAUAGUACUGCAUUAUUAUAAUCGUACGAGAACAAUAGUAGUUACUUUUGGUGUUGUUGGUGUAUCAGAUGCUGUGGUAUUUGUCACGUUACUAAGAUUAGCAGAAGAAUUUUUUGAUGUGCUAGGCGUUGUUGGCGUUGUAGGCAUUUGCACUUCCUGCGGUGGUGUCGGUGUUAACGUUAAAUUUGAAUCAUCUUUGCAAUGUCUUAAUUUACGUGGUGCCGAUGUAUCAACGCGUUCAACGUCUGAUCCCGAUGAUUCCUUGUCACACUCAGAACAUUGCCUAUAUUAUAAAAAUAAAGAUUAUUUAAAAUGUUAUACAUAUAAUACGUUUUAAAUAUAAUUAAUAAUAUACA